AUGCUCUCGCAGGCGGCGCUCGUGUUUUCGGCGGCGACCCUGGCGGCAGCGCAAUGGCCGUCAUGUGAGCCUCCCGACAACUCCGCUCUCUCGUCGCUCGCUCACCGUCUCGACCUCGCAGAUGCGCCCGCUCUCGUUAGCUGUCCCUCCAACUCGGUCCUCGAACGAACAGGCAACCCGAUCAGCGGGAACCAGACGUUGUUCGGCGCAGAGGCAGCCUACCUUCAGAACCGGAGAACGAAUGUCCUCCCGAACCUCUGGCAGCAGUACCUGCAGGACAACGCGACGGGAUCGACAGGUUACGACGUGAUGCAGAUCGUACAAAACACGCCAAACCUCGGAAUCGCCGUCUCGGGUGGCGGCUUGCGAGCGUCCUUGUACGGCGCAGGCGUCCUUUCGGCUCUCGACAACCGCAACUCGUCGACGGCAGGCGGGCUUCUCCAAUUGGCGAAUUACCUGAGCGGCCUUUCCGGCGGCUCGUGGACCGUCUCUUCCCUCGCGCUCAACGACCUGCAGCCGAUCUACGAGCUCGUAACGGGCAUCAACAACUCUCGAAGCGGCGGCUGGAUGCUCGACAAGUCGCUCAUUACGCCGGACGGGCUGCUCGGCAUCUCGCAGAACGGCGACUACAUCGAUGCCUUGUCGGCCGACGUCUCGAACAAGAGUUCGGCGGGCUUCCCCAUCUCCAUCACCGACCUCUGGGGCCGGGCGCUGGCCUACCACUUUUUCAACCAGACGACGCCGUCCAACUUCUACGAAGCGGCGCCGCACGACGAAGGCCUCCUCUUCUCGUCGAUCCGCCUCACGCAAAACUUCCAAGCCGGCGCGAUGCCCGUCCCUAUCCUCGUCACGACCUCGCGCCAGUCGGAGAAGCAGCAGCUCUCGAACGACUCGACGAGCGUCAUCCCUCUCCAGAAUACGGCGUUUGAGAUCUCGCCUUUCACGUUUGGCUCGUUCGAUCCGACCCUUUCAGCCCGCAUUCCCAUCGAGUACCUCGGCACACAGCUCUCGAACGGCCAGCCGCUGAACUCGAGUGCCUGCGUAAAUGGCUUCGAGAACGCCGGCUUCAUGAUCGGCACCUCCGCCUCGCUCUUCAAUGCCGUCCAAGAUUCCUUCUCCGGUGCCGCAUUCGGCUCCAUCGUUUCCCGGCUCCUCCAAAAGAUCACCGACCUGAAUCCUCCAGCUGGCUCCGUCCCGCUCGUGGCGAACUACCCCAACUCGUUCGGCAACUUCACCCCCGAAGGCGGCUACACGUUCGAGUCGUCUGGCAACGAGAUUCUCCAGAUUACGGACGGCGGCGAGGACGGCAGCAACGUCCCUCUGUACCCGCUCCUCAUCAAGGCUCGCGCAAUGGACGCUGUCUUCGCUGUGGAUGGGAGUGCGGACACUUCGGAGACCUACGCGAACGGCACGUCACUCGUCGCCACGAGCGACAAGGUCGCCAUGUACAUGCACAACUACACGGCGUUCCCUCCAAUCCCCGCUACCCAAGCCGAUUUCGUCGCUCAAGGUCUCUCGACCCGUCCAACGUUCUUCGGCUGCAACUCGACGACAGGCGGAAACCAGUCUGCGAUAGGCUCGUACCCGCUGAUCAUCUACCUGCCCAACUCGGCCGGCGCACACCCAGGAGCAACCAACUAUUCGACCUUCAAGCUCGACUAUUCCUACGACGAAGUCGUCGGCUUCCUCGACGCCGCACACGAGUACACCCUUCGUGGCUUCCCCAAUGCGUCGACCCCGAAUGAGCCGGAUCAGCAGUGGCCCUUGUGCUUGAAGUGCGCCGUGGUCGACCGUGCGAGGGCGAGGGCGGGCGUGAACAGGACCGCAGCGUGCGAGGCGUGCAUGCACCGAUAUUGCUGGAGCGAUGCCGUUGCCGAGACACUCGUCAAUUCGACGGCGAACGGGAACCAGGCCUCGUCGUCCGGCAAACCCUCGAGCGGCGCUCUCCUUUCAUCUACUAUGUCAUAUGUGGCGGUACUCGGCGCGGGACUCGUUGGCGGAGUCGCAUUGCUGUUGUAG